AGCGCCGGACAUAACACUCGACAAACUCGUCGGGCGUGCUCAUAACGAAUACGUUUUUUUGGUUUUUAAUGGGAAAUUUCACUCGGAAAUGUGAUCAAUCGAGAAGAUCAUGACGCGACGGUCUGCAUCUCUGAGUGAAGAUGGUGGUAUUUACUAUUCGGUGAGUCGUGAAAAAGUGCGCGCUUUUUUGACGUGACCCUGGUGACCCCCUUCGAAGUUCAAAAGUUUGAUUUUUGUAUUUUUUAUGCACGUUAGAGGUUGAAGUAAUAGUCCCGUUGUAUUUGGAGUUGAGAGAGACGGGAGCUGAUAGUGACGCAUACGCCUGGAUUUUCGUGAAUGCAGAGGUGAUUAGAAAGUCUCCAAUUUGGGUCAGUUCCAUGUGAAUACCUCGGGAUUGGGGACCUCACUGAUGCAUUCUUUAGGAUGUUAAGUGGAUUUUUAUCAGUUGUAGAGACAUUUGGGAUCGAGUACCAUUAGUGGCACGUGAAGUCUAGGGGAUUGAGUGAUGGGGUGCGAGUCAGUGACAUUUACUUUGGUUUCAAUCUGAGGAAUAGUAUGAUACAAUGAAUAUACCGAUAGUAGCAGGUGAUAUCCUGGAUGAUGAAGGUUACAAGCCACGUUUCGUUCGGGGCUCGGACCCCAGAGUCGCUACGUGCAGAGGUAAAUUGCAGAAUAAACGGAGCAAACUCAAUCAGGAGAUAAAUAAGGAAUUGAGAUUACGCGCUGGGGCGGAGAAUUUAUUCAAAGCAACCACAAACCGGAAAUUGAAGGAGACCGUUGCCCUCGAGCUCAGCUUCGUCAACUCGAAUCUUCAGUUACUCAAGGAACAGCUGGCCGAGCUCAACAGCUCUGUUGAACUCUAUCAGAAUGACGGGACGGAGCCGAUCAUGCCGAUGAUCCCGCUGGGCCUCAAGGAGACGAAAGACAUUGACUUCCGGGAUCCAUUCAAGGACUUUAUUUUGGAGCAUUACAGUGAAGAUGGCGAGCAUUAUGAAGAGGCUAUUGCUGAGCUCAUGGAGACACGACAGGCGACGCGAACACCGACGAGGGAUGCAGCAGGCAUCGCCCUCCUCCUGCGCUACUACAAUCAGCUAUACUUCAUCGAGAGACGCUUCUUCCCCCCCGACAGAAGUCUGGGAAUAUACUUCGAGUGGUUCGACUCAUUAACAGGAGUCCCGAGCUGUCAGCGAACUGUUGCUUUCGAGAAGGCCUCGAUACUCUUCAAUGCGGGGGCAUUGUAUACUCAGUUGGGUGCGAGACAGGACAGGAGGACUGCCAAGGGCCUGGAUCAAGCGGUGGAUGCCUUCUUGAGGGCUGCAGGGACGUUUAGAUAUAUUCACGAGAAUUUUACAAAUGCUCCCAGCAUGGACCUUGGACCUGACAUGCUGAAUAUGCUGGUGCAGCUCAUGUUGGCGCAGGCUAGGGAGUGCCUUUUCGAGAAGUUGGAACUGCAGUCCAGGGAGGGAAGAAACGUUGAUGUUUCUUUGGAUCUUGCUCAAGAAGCUGCACAGGUGGCAGCUGUAUAUAACGAUGUUCAUGGUGUUAUAUCCCGUGAGCCGGUUCGCGACUAUGUGCCAGAAUCCUGGAUUUCCCUGGUCCUUGUCAAACGAGAACAUCAUCUCGCACUUUCACAUAAACACUGCGCUGCUGGACUCCUCGACAGACCCAUCGCCGAGUUUCGUACCGAGACAAAACUCACUCUUGAGCAUAUUCAAGAGAGCGAUGGCAAGACGCAAAUUGAUUACAAUGUGCCAAAGGAUGAUAAGGAGAGGAAUUUGUUGGGGAAAGCCCACUUGAGAGAAGCUCUAGUACUGCAUGAGGAGAGCCAACGACUCCAGAGGAUGUGCAGGGAAUUGAAAGGGAAACAGGCGUUGGCUAAGGUUCUCAAGAGGGCACAUGAUCUGACGCUGAAGGAUUAUAGCGAAGCUGGGGAUGAGGACGAUUUUCGAGAGCUGUUGGAUCCACCUCAUAUAAUCGCUUCAACGAAAUUCCAAUUGAACAUUACGCAUCCCGACUUCGGCCAGCACGGAGUGGAUGAUCUCUUCAGGUCUCUCGGCCCAGUCGCCAUUUUCUCGGCAAAGCGACACUGGACGGCUCCACGACUCAUUCAACUCCAAAGGGGUCCAGGAGGUGAAGGUUUCGGAUUUAGUGUUCGUGGAGAUGCUCCUGUUAUCAUCGCUGCGGUUGACCACAAUUCGCUGGCUGAUCUGGGUGGCAUGAAGGAAGGUGACUUCAUCGUGAGUAUCGGUGAUAAAGACGUCAAAUGGGCUUCCCACGAGCAAGUUGUACGCUUGAUCAAACAGUGCGGAGACUCGAUAAGUUUGAAACUCGUCACGCCGAUGGAUAGAAAUUAUCUGAAGAAACCAAUGAAGUCAUGCCAUCACGACAGGGGUAGUGUAUCAGCGAGCAGUUCAUCAGGUGUAUCAUCCGGGCAACCGAGUCCAGCGGGUUCUGUGACAACUGCUCACGUCGCGAGACGAAUUCCCUGGAAUCCCUUCAAAAAAUCGAGUCAGAGAGACAGCAGGGAUCUUACAUUCGACAACGUCAUCCUGAGAUGAUUCCAUCACUCGAUUUUCUUUGAUUGUGAAGACUAUGAGUCACAGAGAUAAAAAGCAACACAAAAAGGAGGAAAUAAUAAUCAUUACAGAGGUUCGCCAUAUCGUAGCUCUUCGACUUGCCUCAGUAAUCCACAAGUUUCAUCGCAAAUUAAUUAACUAAAUGAAAAAUGUAAAUAGGAUUUGUUCUGUUUGUGCUCUAGACGAGCACGUGAAUCGGCCAUUUUAGGUGAGUUAGAGUAGGCGAAACCCUGGAUUACUGCUGGCAACUGAUAUAUUUUUUUGUUCGUUGAGAAUUGUCGAGACAAAUCGUAAUGCCAAAUUCAGAUGUAAAUCGCUUUAACGUAAAACGAAAAGGAGUGAUUUUUCGUUGUAUUAUUGUAUUGAGCGAAUGCAGAAUUCUUUUGCAUACACGCAGCCAUGUACACAGAGCCUCGUCAAGGAGUAGUGCGGACAAAUAGUUGAAGAGAAAAAAAUAAAGUCGUUUUGGAGGAAUUGAAUCAUUUACGAAUGUGCCACUCAACUACAAAGUGAAUGGAUGAAAUUAUUUUUUGAACAAAGAAAAAUGAUUAUCACUCGUUUGAAUAUUUUCGCAGUACAUUCCUAAAUUGUACAUAAAUAAAUGCAACAAUUAAACAUAAAUUUUAUAUUCUAAAUGAAAAAAAACUCUGUCUCGUAUGUGCUGUAACAUAAAUGCCUAUAUGAUCGGAAAUAAAAAGUGAAUACGAAAUGCA